UAUCUAGUUUAUGAAACUUUGGUGGUGUUUGAAUUGUUUUUUGUAUUGUACUAGACUUGUUGAAUUAUAAUUUAUUUUCUUUUGAUUCAUCAUGUGUUAUAAUUUUAUAAAGGGCUGACCUUUUGAUUCAUAAUAUUGAACUUAAUUUUAAUUUUUUUUCUUAAGAUAGUUAUGUCAGGUUUUUCACAAUCAAGUGUUUCUUUCCAAAAUUCUCGAGGAACCAAAAAGAAAUGGGUUCCAGAAGAAGAUGCUGCGUUGGUUGCCUGUAUGGUCGACUUGCACAAUGUUGGAACCUUCAAUGCUGAUACGGGAUUCAAAGCUGGUUAUUUAAAUGAGUUGGAAAAAAUGUUAGAAAAAGUUUUACCUAAUGCCAUGUUGAAGGCUAAACCUAAUCUUGAAUCGAGGAUUAGGAUAUUGAAAAGGAAUUGGUCAAUCGUUUAUGACAUGCUUAGUGGAAAAAACAAUAGCGGUUUUGGUUGGGAUGAGCAUAGACAGGUUGUUGUUGCUGAAGAUGCGGUGUGGAACUCAUAUAUAAAUAGUCAUAAAGAAGCCGGUCAAUUCAAACAUAGUAGUUUCCCUUAUUAUGACCAACUUACUGCCAUCUACGCAAAAGAUUGAGCCACUGGGAAAGAUACUCAAACAGACG